UAUUUAUGUUGAAUAUUAAUAUUAUUCAUUAAAGAAAAGGAAACAACAAUAAUAAUAUAUAUUUCCACUAUUCCAAUAUUAUAUUUAUUAUAGUAUUUUCAUAGAAAUCUUAACAUUCAUUUUAUUCACCUUAUAGUUCAUUAUCUAUUAUCAAUCUCAUGAUUAUUAUUAUCACUCAUGAAUAUUAAUAUUAUUUAUUAUCUAUUUUAAUGGUUUAUAUUAUAAUUCAUUUAUUCAAGAUAUGUUUAAUAUUGGUUCAUGAUUUAUUAAAAGUAAAGGAAAGUGUAAUCGGACCCACCAUCUCCUCAUUUAUAAUAUUUCAUUCACAUGUUAAUUCACUUUCUCAUAACAUAAACAUAAAUUAUUAUUAUGCUCUUCUAGAAUCUAUCUCUCUUAUUAUUUUCUUUAGUUAUUAAUAUUAUUUUCAUUAUUCUUUAUUCAUAUAUUAGGAUUCAUUAUUCUUACCAUUAUUAUUACAUUACUUAUAUUUUAUCAUCCUCAUUUAAUUUAGAAUUCAUAUCCUUGUCUUUUUAGCUAAUGCCAUUCAUUAUUACUUAUUAUUUGUUAUAUUAUUUUAUUCUAUUAUAUUAUUUUCAUCUUAUUUUAUAUUAAAUUCAAGGGUUUAUUAUAUUUUAAUUCAUAUUAUUAUCAUUUUCAUUCAUUAGUUAAAAAUUGUAAUCAUAAAGGCUUAGGAAUCUAUUAUUUAUUAUCUGGAUUCAUCUUUGGAAUCUCCGGUACAUUAAUAUCAGUCCUUAUAAGAAUAGAAUUAUAUUCUUCAGGAAAUAGGAUUAUAUCUCCAGAAAACCAGAACUUCUAUAAUAUAAGCAUUACAUUGCAUGGCUUUCUUAUGAUUUUCUUUUUAGUAAUGCCUGGCUUGUUUGGAGGAUUUGGAAAUUAUUUUGUACCUAUCUUUCAAGGGUCUCCAGAAGUGGUAUAUCCUAGAGUCAAUAAUUUUUCUAUCUUAAUUAUUUUGCUUUCAUAUCUUUUCCUAAUCCUUUCUUUAAUCUCAGAAUUUGGAGGUGGUACAGGAUGGACGCUCUACCCACCAUUAUCCACUUCUUUUAUGACUUUAUCACCUUCAAGUACAGGAAAUCUUAUAUUUGGAUUAAUAAUCUCUGGUAUAUCUUCAUGUCUUACAUCUCUUAACUUUUGGACAACUAUUCAUUUAUUGAGAUCUUAUUAUCUGAUAUUAUCUUCUAUUCCAUUAUUUCCUUGGUCUUUCUUGAUUACAGCUUUCAUGCUUUUAUUAACAUUACCAAUCUUAUCUGGAACACUUCUUUUAAUAUUGGGUGAUCUUCAUUCUAAUACAAUUUUCUUUGAUCCAAUAUUUGGAGGAGAUCCUAUAUUCUAUCAACAUUUAUUUUGGUUUUUUGGACAUCCAGAAGUUUACAUAUUAAUAAUUCCUGCAUUUGGGAUCAUUUCCAUAAUAAUUUCUGGUAUUUUACAAUUAAUUAUUUUUGCUAACCAAUCAAUGAUCUUUGCCAUGUCAUCUAUUUCUCUUCUUGGAGGUCUUGUUUGGGGACAUCAUAUGUAUACUGUAGGUUUAGAAAGUGAUACAAGAGCUUAUUUUACAGGAGUUACAAUCUUAAUAUCCUUACCAACUGGUACAAAAAUAUUUAAUUGGCUUUUUACAUAUCUCUCCAAUCCACCAUUAUUACACCUUAGGAUUACUUCUGUCUUCCUCUCACAUCUAUUUUUAUUAAUGUUUACGAUAGGUGGGUCAACAGGAAUAAUUCUUGGAAAUGGUGCAGUGGAUCUAGGAUUACAUGAUACAUAUUAUGUUGUAGCACAUUUUCAUUUUGUUCUUUCUUUAGGAGCUAUAAUUGCUAUAUUCUCUGGAAUAAUCUUGAAUGGAGAAAAGAUUGUUGCUAAUAAGAAUUUAUUAUUUUCAUCCUCAUGUACACUCUCUCUUUAUCAUUUACAUUUAAUAUUUAUUGGUAUUCUUCUUACCUUUUCACCAAUGCAUUUCUUAGGAUUUAAUGUAAUGGCAAGAAGAAUCCCAUCCUUUCCAGAUUCUUUUCAUUCCUGGAAUUCCCUGUCAUCUAUUGGAUCAGGAAUAACUUUCCUAUCUUUCAUGUAUUAUUCAUUCAUUCAUUCAUUAUUAUUAGUUAUCUUUAUUAUUAUUUCAUCUUAUAUAUUAAUGCUAUCUUCUAUAUUAUAAUUGCUGUAACUUGUAGAUGAAAUAAUUCUGUAAACUCCAUUUCCUCUAAUAUUAGAUUUAGAAUACAAAACCUUCAUUAUAAUAUUAUGCUUUUUAUUGUAAAUAUAAAUAUUAUUCAUGUAUUAUUAUUAUAUUAUAGAUUAAAAUGAUAGAUUAUUAUUAUUCCUAUAUUUCCUUAUCAUUAUAAUUAAGUUCUACCAUGAAGGUUACAAUCUCAAGAUACAGCUUUUAUUUUAUGAGGGUUUAUUUUCCCCAAUCUCAUGACAUUCAUUCAUUUAUAUUAUUUAUGGUUCAUAUAUUAAUUCAUAGAUAAUUCCAUUGUAUUCUAUAAAAAUCUUGACUAUAAUUCAAUUCUUGUCUCGGGAAUCUCUUCCUCGUAUCUUAGGGUUAUAUAUUAAUUUCCAUCAUUAUUAUUCAUAUCUUGAAUGCAGAAUAUAUAUUUUAAUGUUAUUAUCUUCUAAUUAUAAAGUUAAUAGCAUUUUAUUUACUGAUUCUUGCUAGGUUGUUAUUAUUUUAUUCAUACAUUAAUUAUUAUUGAUCAUAAAUUCUAUUAUCUACAUUCAUUAUUAUUUAUAGAUGGAUAUCUUAUUAUUUCUAUCUAUAUCUCUUUAUAUUUAUUAUAUCUAUAGAAAUUUCAAUAAACUUGUCAUUAAUUAAUUCUUAGCAAUGGUCUCUUAUAUUAAAUUAGAAUGAAAGUCUUACCAAAAUAUAUUAUUUAUCUUUUACUUAUCUUUUCCUUCGGUACGCCUUCAUUUCCUUAUCUAUUAGUUAUCAACCUAUCAUUUAUUAUUCUUAUUCAUUAAUAUUUAAUAAAGUUCAUAGACUCACUCACCAUAUAUUUAUAUUCUUGUUUACUAUAAUUUAUUUCACUAUUUAUUUUCAUAUACAAGAAUCCUAAUCUGGCAAGCUACAAAAGGGGAAAACGAGGUCACUGAUUUUAUAUUAUGCAUUCAUGAUUUUAUUUAUCAUUUCCUUAUGCUUUUGCAUUCUUCUCCAAUAUUUAUUAUUCUAUCCUUAUCAUUAACUUAUUAUUAUUGACCAUUAUUUCCAUAUCUUAUAUUAAUAUUUAACCUUUACAUUAAGGAUUACUUCACCCAAUAUUUAUUAAUUAUAUUAUGAUCAUAUUUCUCUCAUAUUUUAUUCAUCAUUAAUAAUAUUGACCAUUAUGUUCUUUUCUUUCUUAUGGUAAUUUCCUUAUAAAAAUAGUAAUAAAUAAUAAUGUAAGAUUGACCAUUGACAACUUACGAAUUAUCUUUGCUGGUCCAUUAAUUAUAAAGAACUAAAUAUAAAUGAUGAGGGACCAGCCGCAAAGUGAAAUCGCAAGUGAACGAAGGUAUAAUUUAAUUAAUAAUCCAGAAAUCUUAUCAUGAUUAAUGUAAUGUAUGUCUUAGAAAUAGAAUUCUAUUUCCUUGUCUAUCUUUAUUAAUUAUAUUGGUAUUUUAUUUUUGCCAAGUAAUCCAUAGAAAUCUUAAUAUUAAAUGAUGAAAUAAUUCAUGUAUUAUCAUUCAUUUCUAUACACCACUUAAUAAAAGUGGACAUCAAUCUUUAAUUAUUAAUAGAUUGAUGGGCUAAUUGCUAGUCAUUAUAUCUCUUAUAUGCCAUGAAUUUAUUAGAUGAAAAUGAUUAGAUUAAAUUCAUGGCAGGUUAUCACCAUUAUAUAUAGGGGCUUUUUAUAUUUAUAUUCUUCAUUUCUUUAUAUAAAAAGCCCAUAAUAAAUAAUAAGAUAUAAUUCCUGCAUUUUUAUAUAUUUCUUGCUAUCUUAUAAGAUAAAAAUGCAGGUAAGAAUAAGAAAAGAAUACCAUGAAAAAUCCAGCACUUUUAAUUUAUUUCUAUGGAUUUUUCAUGUCACUAGAGCACCAUUACCAUCUAUCUCUUCUUUAUUAUUGGUGCUCUAGUCCAUCAUCAUAUUAAUAUGAAAGGAAAUAAUAAGUGAAUUAAUAUGAUGAUGGCACCUAAGGGCAAAUAAGAAUAACAAAAAUACAAAUUCAUUCUUAUUUGCUAACUCUCUUUAUCCUCAUCCAUUUUUAUUAAAAAGACAUCCGUAUGUAAUUACCUGGAAAAAUGGAUGAGGGAAUCUUUAAUUUAUAAUGCUCAUAUUUCAUUCGCACUCAUCACCAUAAGUUAUUAAUAUGUGAUGAUUAUGUGAUUGCUAGUCUAUUAUUUAUAUUAUAAAAGUGGCAGCGUAUAUUUUUGUCCACCUCUGCUGCCACAUUAAGAGAUUUAUAUUAUAUUAUUUGCACCUUAUUUUAAAAGUAAAAGAUAGAAAUAUUAAUAUGAAAAUAAGGUGCAAAGAUGAUAAAUAAGAAAGAAAUAUAUCCAUGAAUUUAUUCUAGAUGAAAUUUCUUAGGUGAAUAAAUUCAUGGGGGGAUUUUUAAUAAUAGUAAUCUCUUAUAGUUAAAAAUCCCCUUAUAAUAAAUGAAUAACCAUGAAUUUUAUAGAAGUAAUAGAUAAUAAAAUUCAUGGUAGAACAUUAAUAAUAACAGAUUUUGGCUACUACAAAAAUAUUAAGAUAUAAUGCCAAAAUCUGAUAAUAAAGGAUGAAAUUUCUUUGGAUUACUUAUGAAAUUUCAUCUAUUAUUUAUAUCUAUUACUUAUAUGACAAUGACAUCAAUCUUUCAUUUAUAUAAGAUUGAUGGGUCAUGUGCUAGUCACUUAUAGAAUUAUAUGUUGCUCUUAUUUUAUUUCAUUUAUCUUUUAAUUGAUAAUAAGAGCAACAUCAUAUAUUAAUUAUAUCUUAUAUCGCCCAUCGUCUAUGACCUCUUUUAAAUAUAUUAUUGACGAUGGGCUACAUCAUCUUUUAUAUUCUUUAUUGCCCCCAUUUUUCUUAUAUCAUUUAUUAUAUGGGGGCAAUAUGAAAGUAAAUAAUAAGUGACAUAAGUUGCCAAGCUUUAAUAAUAAAGAAAACCAUGAAAAUAAAGCUUGGCAAUAAUAUAUAUUUCUUAUACACUAGCCUUUGGCCCUCGCCAUAUAUUUAAAUUAAAAUGGCGAGUCAUUGAUUUAUAAGAUAUAACAUGUAAUUAAAUGGCCAUGAAAUUAAUGGCCAACAUGAAUAAUAAAUAUAUGGGAUUUUACUAUAUGAAAAAGAAAGGUAAGUAAAAUCCCAUAGGCUGUGGACCAAGAGUUAGAGAGAUGAAAGGACCGGUCCACAGCUAUAAUCCAUUAUUAUUACUUAUGUUGGAAAAUUCUCUAACUAUAUGUCUUUUAAUGGAGAAUUUUCCUCUUAUUUAUUAUUCAUUUUAUAUUUCAUGAUCACAACUUUAUUUAAAUGACGUUGUGAGGCCAUCGAUAACGUCAUAAUCUCUUCUUUUAUGCCUUUUCUAUUAUUAUUUAUUUGUCUCUUAUGUUAAUAGAAAAGGCAUUAGAUUAAAAGAUAUAUGAUGGCAAUAUUUUAUCCGGCUCUCGUAACCUUCAUUAAAGUAAAAAGUGGGGACAGAAUAUAAAAUAUUGCCAUCCUUAAUAUAAAUAUAUGACUAGCAAUUGACUUAGCAGAAAUUUAUUAUGAAUUAAAUCUGCUAUCAUUGAUUUAUAAGAAGGAAAUGAUUAAUAAUAGCCAUUAAAUUUAAAUAAAAGAACUUAAUAAAUUUAAUGGCGGGAAAAAUCCCUUAUAAAUAAUAAUCAAUAAAUAUGAUGGGAUUUUUCCAAUAGUCAAUAAUUUAUAUUAACGAUGGCCGCUAAAUUUUAUUCUAUUUCUUUAUUAUAAUGCGGCCAUAUGUUCAAUCACUUAUUAUUUGCCUUUAUUAUUUUCCAGCUUAUGAAGCCUUCAACACGGAAAAAAGGAUACGAAUAAAAAUAAUAAAGGCAAACAUCAAUAUAUUAUUACACUAGCAUAUGGCCUGUCAACCUAAUUUAAAUAAAAGGUUGACAUCAUUUGCUAAUCAUAAAGGAAUAAUAUAAGAGAUAGCAACCCCAUUUUCUUAAUUCAUAUAUCUUUUAAUAGAAAAUGGGUUGCAAAUAAGAAAAGAAUUAAUAAAAAUAGACCGGCGGCAGCAAUUAUUAUUAAAAUCUCUUAUUAUUUGCUGCCGCUAUAUUAUUAUCUAUUAUAUUAUUUGGAGAUUUUCUCAUGAAGAAAUUAAUAUGAAAAUCUCCAUAAAUUAAAGUAAACAUCCCAUUAAUUUUGGUAAAUAAGAGAUAAAAAUACAAGACCAAAAUUAAUGGUCCAUUCAUGAAAAUUAACUUAUCAUUAAUUUUCAUUCAUUAUCUUCUUAUUAUUACUUGCCACUUAAUAUUAAUUCAUUUUGCAAUAAAUUAAUAGUGGACAAAAUCUUUCAUUAUUAUUAGAUUUUGGGCCAUCUGCUAGUCCUAUAUAUUUCAUUCUUGAUGCCCGAUCAUUAAUAAUAAAGAAAUAUAUUAACAUGUUCAUCGGGCAUCUAUAUCAUAUAUCAUUUAUCUUUCUUUUAUCUUAUCAUAUGGCUUGUUAUUUUAAUGAUAAGUAAAUUGCUAUAGCAAAAUAACAAGCCAUAUAAUAUAAAUUAAUGGGUGGCCGGAGACUGCGAAAGGAAAAAGAAAUAGUGACAAUAGAUUAAUGGCCACCCUAUAAAUUAAAAGAUAAGUGAACUAACCGAUGACCGCCAAUUUAUUAAUAAUUAAAAAUUGGCUCAUUUGCUAAUAAUAAAGGAAUAAGAAAAGUGAACCAUCAUUUGUUAAGAAAUGAAAGACAAAUGAUGGUUAGCAAGCCAAAAUAUAUUGAAAAGAAAGGAUUAUUAUAUUUUGGCUUUAUCCCUUAAGUAAUUUAUAUUCAUGUUGCAUUUCUUUAUAAAAUUGAUAAUCCCUCAAUUUUAUAAUAUAGAAAUGCAUGUGUGUACAUUAAAUUAAAUGGCAAAAAGAAAAGUAAUAAUCCAUUUAAUUUAAUGAGCCCUGUCAAAAAGGGCAUAUGAACAUGCUAGUGGAUUAUUAUUUUGAGGGUUGCCAAAGAAUUUUCGUAUCCUUUUAUUUAUGUAGGAAGUCACCGGCAACCCAUUUUAUUCACUUAUUAUUAAUCCUCACCAUCAUUAAUAAUUACGAUAAAGAUAUUAAAAGUAAAAUGAUGGUGAGGAAGUCUGACCUCUUAUUAUGAAAAUAAAUGGUAAUAAGAAAGAAAAAAUAUGAACAACCAUUUAUUUUCAUUAGUGGUCAGGUUGGUCGCUCCUUCAUUCAUUUCAUUCAUUACGGUUUUUGUCCUUACCGUUCAUAUUUCAUUUACAUUCAUAUUCACUUUCUGGCGUACCAACCUCUGUUUUUUAUAAAAGAUAGAAGUAAUAAAUAAGGAAACAGAGGUUGGGCCCUACACGGCUAUUAAUUUUGGAUAAGAAAAAUGACUGCCAAAAUUAAUAGCUCCUACAUCCUCAUGAAUUUUAAUAUAUUAGUAAUCCCUUUUUCAUUAAAAUUCAUGAGUCUUAUAUAAUUACAUGUAAAAGAUAAUAAAUAAUAUGCUAUAUCGCAUAAACUAAAGUGCCAAGCAUAUGCACUUUGCGGUUGCUAGGUCACUAUUUAUUUAGGGGGUUAACACCAUUAUAUUUAUUGUAUUAUUAUUAUUAUCUUUCUUUUACUUUAAUUAUUACUUUCAUUACGCCUUAUAAGAAUACAGAAGAUAAUAAGAGAAAAUGAUAAGGCGUAAUGAUAAUAAGAGAUAAAAACCAUAAAUAAUAUAAUAAUAUAUAUAUCUUUGCCAACCCACUUUAAAUAUAAUAAGAUGUAGAAAUUAGUGGGUUGGCCAAUCAUUAAUUAAUAUAUUAUUCUGCCAUUCAUUUUAUCAUCAUCUUUUAUAUUAAUGAAUGGCAGAUAUAUGAAUAAUAAAUAAUAAUAUGUGCACCCAUAAAUAAAUAAGAUGAUAAAUAUGAUGGGUGCACAAUAAUAUAAAUAAAUGAUUAAUAUUUGGCUUCUUUUUAUUUACUAAUCUUUUAAUAUGAAAAAGAAGCCAAAGACAUUAUAAUAUAGACUAGCCUAUGACCUAUCAUUCAUAUUAGAAUUAAAGAAUGAUAUCCUCUUAUUUUAAGAGGUCAUAAGAUAGAAACCAUCAUUAAAUUUAUUGAUUUCUUUUAUAAUUUAAUGAUGGUUAAUAGACGGAAAAAUCUCUAAUAAUAAAUUACUAGUUGUCAUGAGAUUUUUCCGGUUACUUAUGUCCUUCAUCACCAUUAAUUUUCCCUUCAUCUCUUAAAUUAAUGGUGGAUAUGUCAUUUAUCUUUCAUCUCUUUAUAUAAUGGCAUUCUAUUUUUAUAGGUUGGCCUAACUCCAAGAACUGGAAAGAAGAAAGAGAUAAUAAAAAUAGAAUGCCUAUGAAUUAAUUUAUGACUAGCAAUUGGCCAUUUUACAAUAAAAAUAAAAGUAAAAUGUCCGAAUAAAAUAUGAGGAUAAUAAAUGAAUGAACUACCAUGGAUUUUAAUAUAUUUCUUGUUAUCUUUUAAUUAUUAAAAUCCAUGGUCUCUUUAUCUUUAGGGAUUCAUUCUUUUAUUUGUCUUAUAUUUUAUAUUAAAGAAUGAAUCCCCCAUUAAUUUUGGUCAUAUAUUAUUUACUUUUCUUUUUAUCUACCAAAAUUAAUGGUAAUGUCUUUCUUAUUGGCAAUUUGCUAAUUAAUUAUUGAUAUCUUAUAUUGCAAAUUGCCUUUAAUUUAAUAGUUAAUUCUAUAAUCAUGAUUGAAAUCUUUUAUUUAUAAUAGAUUUCAAGGUCAAUGGCUAAGUGUUAUUAACUUAUUUUCUUAUGCCAUUGACCCAUGAAAGAUAAUAUAUAAAUAAUGGUCAAUGGCAUGUUAUUCUAUUUCUUUUAUUAACUUAUCAUGCCAUUGGCCAUCUUAUAAUAAAUAAUGAGUGAUAAAUAUAAUAAAAUAAGCGAUGGCCAAUGGAUUUUAUCUUUUAUAUCUUUAUAAUGCCAUCGCCAAGAAUAAAUAAUAAGUUAAUAAUAAUGCCAUCAUUUUUAAUGUAGAAAUUACUUAUAGAAUAAAAUGAUGGCAUAAAAGAAGAAAUAUAUGCACUAGACAUUGACCUGCCAUCAGAUAAAAUUAAAGAUGGCAUGUGAUCACUUGUAGAUAAGUAAUAAUAGAAUAAUAUGAGCAGCAAAAUAAGCUGCUAUAAUAUAAAGGUAAGAAAAAUCCACCACUUUUAUUAUUGGCACCAUUUAAUUUUAUUGGUGCAUCAUGUUAUUUAAUGUGGAUUUUUCUCUUAUCCAUUUCUAUUAUCUAUAAUCAUGAUUCGCUCUUUCAUUCAUAUAUGAGCGAAGGUCAAUUGCUAGUACAUUAUAUUCUUUCAUCUAUUGCCACAGCAUAUUUUAUAUAUUUCUUAAUCAAUAAAAGCUGUGGCAAUCAUUAAUGUAUUUUAUCCCUUGCGAAAUUCUAUUAUAAAUUAAAUCGCAAGUCAUGUAAUAUAAAGUAAAAAGAAGAAUUAAUAUAUAUUGGCAGCAAAUAAAUUAAAAGCUGCCAUAACUUAUUAACUUACCGCCCAUCUUUUCUAUAUCUUAAGGGCGGAUAUAAAUUAUAGAUGAUAUUAUAUUGCCAAUCAUUUAUAUUAUAUUUUACACUCAACAAAUGAUUGGCAAUAGAUGAUAUAAAUUAUAGAUAACCGGGCCCACAUUGAAUUAUUAAAAAAGGCCCGGAUAAUAAUAAUAAAAAAUUAAAUAAUAUGUUGUCCCACUUUUAAUAAAAAUACCAUGAAAAAAGUGGGACAAUAAUAAUAAAUAAGACAUAGAUGAAAAAUCCUUAACAACUAUUGGAUUUUUCUACAGGUAAUAACAUAUACCUCAUAAUCUAUUCGGACUCGGCACCAUAAGUUAAUAAUUUGUGCCGCCAGUUAUUUAUCUUUUAUUUUACUCUCAUGCCAUUUUAUUUUACUUCUCUUAUAAAAUGGCAUGGUAUUUUCUUUAUUUUAUUAUCUACCAUCAUGAUCACAUCUUUAAUUUAUAUAAGAUGUGAGGUCAUCGUCUAGGUUGUUAGGAUUAUAAGCCCCAGCAUUAAAUUAAAGGAUUGCAAAUUAAUUAUAUCUUUCUAUCUUUGCAAUCCCCCAUAAAUUAAGAGAUGCUGGGGCUACAUAAGUAAAAAUAAGUUACACUAGCAUUUGACCUACGUUUCUAUUAUAAAUGAAAGAAACGUAUCAUGAAAUGUAAAAUAUAAUAUCAUUCAUGCAUUUCUAUAUUGCCAAAGCAAAGAAAUGCAUUAUAUAAUAAACUAAACCAAAAUGAAUGAAUGUAAAAUGAAAUGAAUUUUGGCCGUCUUCGUAUUUUGAGCCGCUACAACGUAUGAAUUAAUUUGAAGAGUCACUAUACGAAAAUUAAUUCAUGGAUAACCGGACACACCAUAAACUAGAAUGACUAUAAAUGCCUUUUGACAGGCAUCAACCAUGGAUUUUCUUAAUGAAUGAAAAGAAAUAAUAAAAUCCAUGGCAGCUAUUGGCCUUUUAAUUACUUAUGGCCUAUUCAUCAUCAUCAUAUUAUUUGUAUUAGAAAUCUCUUUAUAAUUAAUGAUGAUGAUGAAUAAUAUAAAUAGAUGAUACGCUGGGUCACAAUGUCAUCAAAAUAAAUAAUAAGUGACCCAACAUAAGUAAAAUAAGAAAGACAAGCAUUUUCAUUUAUUGUCUCCCACCUUUGUCCCAGCGUAUAUAAAUGAAAAUGCUAUAUUCUUUAAUAAUAUUAACCUCUUAAUAUAAGAGGAAACAACCUUUCAUUUUAUAUUAAAAGAUUCUAUGGCAAAAUGAAAGGCUUAUGAAUGAAUAUAAUGUGAUCGCGGUCUACUUCUCAUAAGAUAAAAGGUGACGUACAAAAAUGCGAUCACAAAGGUAUAAAUAUAAAGAGACUAUACGAAAAUAAAUGAUGAUUCACUUUCUAUCUUUGCAUUUAUUUUCGUAUCAUGAAGGGGCCAAAAAUCUCUAAUAAAGAACUUCUAUCUUGAUUUUUGGCUGUACACACUGGGAAAUUCAUAAGAAAGAAAUAUGAAUGAAUUUCCCUUUCAUUUCAUCUAUAGCUCAUAAAGAUAUUCGCAUGCGAUCAUUUUAAUUUUAAUAGAUGAUCGCGGCCAAUGGUUAGUCCAUGAUUUAUAAUUAGGCCAGGCUUUUUACUUUUCGUCCCUCUUUUUUACUUGGGAAGUCCCUGCCUGGCCAUUCUAUAUUAUAUUGCCCUUCUUAUAAAUGAAAGAUACAUUAAAUAAAAGAAGGGCAAUAAUAUAAUCUCUUAUUAUUAACUACCACAGCCAAGAAUAAUUAUAUGCUGUGGUUCUUGUUAUUAUUAAUGCCCUCUUUUUAUAUUUCAAUUAUCUAUUAAAUAAAAAGAGGGCAAACAUCAAUAAUAAUGAUCGGCUUUUAAUAAUAAAGAGAUUUCUAUUAAUGAAAAAUAUUGGUAGAUAAUAAGAAAUACAGCAUUUUUCAUUAUAUAAAGAGAUAAUAAAAGAUAUGAAAAAUGCUGAGGAAUAAAUAAUAUAAAUUAAGAGAUAUAGCCGCUAGGCCAAAUAAUAAGAGAUAAUAAUAUAUAAUGUAGCCUAGCGGCAAAGAAUAAUAUAAUAAUAUAUAUCUUGCCAUUUCAUUAUAAGAGAUAUUUAUAAUAGAUGAAAUGGCAAGAAGAAAGAAAGAAAUAAUAUAAUAUCUGCCCCUUUAGAUAAAAUAAGAGAUAAUAAAAAUAUAAGGGGCAGAUAGAAUAAUAUAAAUAAGAGAUUACCAAAAUUCACUGGCAAAAUAUAAAUGAUUGGUGAAUUUUGGAAGACAUGAAAGAUACAAUUUAUUUUACAAGAUUGGCAUUUUCUCCAAUAGCAAAUUAAUAAGAAAAUGCCAAAUGUAAAGAUAGAAAUAUAAUAUAAAAUAAAUUGUAUCUAUAGGCAUGAAAAAUCCUUUAUUAUAAUAUUCUUUCCUUUAGGAUUUUUCAUGUAAUAAUAUAAGAUACAUAUAUUUAUAUUUCAUGAUCGGUUCUUUAAUUACAUAAUGAACCGAGGUCAUCUUCUAGUCUUAUAGUUAUUCAUUUUUGCUCAUAAUAAAAUUCGCACAUAUUUGUCAUUAUUUCCUUCUCCUUUUUAUUCGUACAUGAAGGUUCCUGGAAUCCUAUAAAUAAUGACAAAUAUGAUAAUAUUCAUUGAGGGUUAACACCAAUUUCUAUAUAUAUGGCCUUAUGAUUGAAAUUAAUAAAAGCAAAGUAAUAAUCAUAAGGCCAAGAAUAAUAUCAUUUAUAUCUUAACAAAUGGGGAAUUUCUUUAUAGUUAAAGAUAGAAAUAAUUAAAUGAGAAAUUCCCCAUAAGUAAAAGAUAAUAUAUAACCUAGCAUAUGACCUGACCACUAAUCAUAAAUUAAAAGUGGUCAUCCGAUAAUUUUAUCGGUCAUAUGUUAAUUAAUGGAAAAAUCCCUGUAUUUUAAUUAAUCACUUAUUUUAUGGGAUUUUUCCCCACCAUUUUUCCAAUAAAAGAUAUGAAUGAUAAUAAUGGAAAAAUGGUGAUAAUAUUAAUUAAUGAUACCAUGGAUUUUUACAAUUAGUUAUUUCUUAUAUUAAAAAUCCAUGGUCUAUAUAUAAUUCCAGCAUAAAUAAAUGCUGGUGGAUGAAAUUCUAUAAGUAAUUGACAGGGAAUUUCAUCCAUAAUUUAAUUCUCUUUAUCAUUCAUCUCUUUUUAUAAGUGAUCUUUAACUAUAAGAGAUGAAUGAUAUAUAUUAUAUGGCUUAUAAAUUAAUAAUUCAUAUAUCUUUACAUUAAUUUAUAAGCCAUGGGGCAGCCGAUAAGUUAUUUUAAUAUUGCUGCCCCUUUAUUUACAUUGUCUUUCUUAUAAAUCAAUGAUUAAUGCUUUAAUUUAUAGCAUAGCUGCAUUAAAGUCAUCUGCUAGUCAUAUAGGAUUAUUCUUAUUGCCUCUUUUUUUAAUAAAGAAAUCUAUACAAAUAAAAAAGAGGCAAUCUAUAAGUAAAUCAAUAGACUAACCCCCCAACUUUUAUUAUAUUAUUGCUCUUUUAAUUUAAAAGUUGGGGUAAAGAUUAAAGAAAAGAAGAAAUAGAAGAGAUGGAUGCCCCAUUUAUUAAAUGAUAUUUCUCUUAUAUGAAUAAAUGGGGCAUUAACCAUAGAAUAUAAAUAGAGAAUUAUAUGCCCGAAAAUUAAGAGAGAUGAAUUAUAAUAAAUUUUCGGGCACCAUAAGUAAUAAAUUAAUGGGAAUUUCCUUUUAUCUUUAUAUGAUAUUUUAUUGAUAAGGAAAUUCCCUCAUUAAUUAAUAUAUACGCCCUUUUAAUUUAUAAGGGCGAUAAUAACUUUAAUAAAUGAAUAACAAAUAAAUUAAGAGAUUGAUGGAUUUCUUAUUGUCAUUCAUUUUUUCCUCCUCUUUUUUUGCAUGCCAAAGAUCUUUUAAUAAAAAAUGAAUGACAAGAAAUCCCUGCCCUCGUUUACACGGUUAAUCUUAGAAUAAUGAAACGAGGGCAUAUAUUUGUUAUUCAUUUAUUCAUUCCUUCCCAUUAAUUUUAGUAGAUAAGAAAUGAAUAAGAAAUACUAAAAUUAAUGGUCAUACAUUCAUUUAUUAUUAUUCAUGGCAGAAUUUUAUUCAUUUCUGUCUUCUUUAUUAUAAAAUUCUGCCUAUAGGACCAAAAUAUAUUAAGAGAUUUCAAGAAUAUUUUGGUCCCUUAUUAUUUUAUUUAUUCCUUACCAUUUUUCCAGGUAUUUUUAAGGGAUUUGUAUUCUGGAAAAAUGGAUGUCUUACUUAUUUAUACUUAUAUGACAUUGAUGUUCACUUUAAUUUAAUUGCGUUCACAGGUCAACGACUAGUCCUCUUAUAUUUUAUCAUUCACCUAUUUUGCUUUUAUUCAUCCUUCCUGUUUUUAUAGCUUGUGAAGUUUCCUUUGAACCGUAAUAAAUAAAAGCAAAAUAGAAUAAGUGAAUGAUAUUAAUUAUAUGUAUUAUUUCUUUUAUCUGCCCAUAGGAUUUAAAUUAAUGAAAACAUAAGAUAGAUAAAAUAUAUUAAUCCUAUGGGCAUAAAGGUAAAGAUAAUAAGAAGAUAAAAGAAAUCAUAUAUUAUUCCACUUUUUUCUUAUCUCCUAUAUAUUUCUAUUGAAAAAAGUGGAAGAUUAAUUACUAAUAUCUUAUAACUCAAGAUGCAAUCUUUAAUUUAUAUAAGAUUGCAAGCCAAUUGCUAGUACAUCAUUUUAUUACUUAAGGGGCAGUUUAUUUUCGUAUCCUCCUCUUUUAUUCUUUCUGGCGUACCACUGCCCCUCUUUUUCAUUUAUAUCUUAUUAUCAAUCGCCAGGUUAGUUUAAAUUAUAAGGUUAUUGAAUUAUUAUUACCUGGCGAUUACCAAUAUUAUUAUUUAUGUUUCUUUUAUGCCAUCAUUUAUUUUACUUAUCUCUUCUUUAAUUAAUAAAUGAUGGCAUGAGAUUGCAAAUGCAUUAUAAAAAGUCUCUUAUUUCAUUUGCAAUCUCCUAUAUAUUAUUAUUACUUAUUAUCAACUUAUGUGCCGGAUAUUAUUAUUCAAGUUCUAUAUCUUUUUAUUAUCCGGCACACAUAUUUAUUAUUAUUAUGGGGUUUUCUUAUUUAUUAAUUCUCUUUUAAAUAUAAAGAAAACCCCAAUAAAAUAAAAGAAAGUUGACCUAGCGGAUGACCUAUGGCAUAAAUUAUAAUUAAAAUGCCAUAUCAUGAUUAUAGAUAAUAAAAGUAAAUUAGCUGCUAUAUCUUUGCAGCGUAAUAAUAUAAGAAAGACAUCCGAUUUCAUUUCAUAAAGUAAUUUCUAUAGAAUAAAUGAAAUCGGAUAAUAUAUCUCUUCCAUCAUUUUCAUAUAUCCUUCUCUUAUUUUAAUGAAAAUGAUGGUAAUAAUAAUGAAAAUAAUAAUAAUAAACCACCAUUUUUAUAUCUUUGUAUCUUAUAUUAAUAAAAAUGGUGGUGAUUACUUAUAUUAAUUUAUUAUCUUAUAUAUUGAUUUCCUCUUCAUACGAAUUCCCUUAAAAAUAGUAAUAAGAAGAGGAAAUCAAUAAUCUAUAAUAUAAAUUCUAUUAUGGCAUAGCUUUAUAGAUAAGAGAAUAAAUAUAAGAAUAUAAAGCUAUGCCAGAUAAUAAAGAUAAUAAGAUAUAAAUGUAUAAUGCCCACUUAAAUAAAGUAAACCAUAAAAUAUAAAUAAGUGGGCAUUAAGAUUAUAUAUUAUAGACUAACCGAUGACCACGAAUCAAUAAAAAUUAAAGAUUCGUUCAUUGAGAUUAUAAGAUAUGAAUGUUAUUACUUGGAGAAAUUUCCAUGAAUAAAAGAUUAUAAUAUAGGAAAUUUCUCCCCCAUCAUAUUUUAUAUUAUUUAGUUCUUUUUUAUAUAAAAUAUGAUGGGAAUUAAUUAAUAAUAUGCAAAAAUCCUUUAAUAAUAGUAAUUUCUAAUAAAAUAUAAGGAUUUUUGCUAUGUGUCCUGCAUUUUUAUAUCUUAUGAUUCUCUUUUUAAUAUAAAAAUGCAGGUAAUAAUAUUAAAAUAUAAGGGAUUUUGCUAAUCAAUAAUUUCUACAUCUUUUAAUAUAGCAAAAUCCCAUAAUAAAUAAGAUAAUAUAGGACCAAAAAUAAAUGUAAUUCUCUUAAUAUUUUUGGUCCUUAUGUCCCAGCUUUUAUCUUUAUAGUAAUUUCUUAUGGAUAAAAGCUGGAUGACAUUAAAUUAAAAGACAUAACCAUGGAAUUUUAUUCUCUGUUUCUCUUAUUCUCUUAUAAAAUUCCAUGGUAAUAUCUCUUAUUUUUAGGGAAAUUUCCCAUUAUAAAAAGAUAGAAGUAAUCCAUAAGGAAAUUUCCCCUUUAUCUCUUUAUCUUUAUAGGCACCAUCAUUAAUAAAUAUAGAUGGUGCAUUAAUUACUUCUUAUUUUAUUAUUUACAAAUGAGCGUUAUCUUUAAUUUUAAUCUGAUAACGCGGCCAUAGGCUAGGUCAUAAUAGAAGUAUAUAAUGCCGCCAAUAAGAUAUUUUAAUAAAAGGCGGCAAGAAAUAAUUAAUAAUAACCCAUUGGCCAUAUAAUAAGAUAUAGAACUUUAAUAUAAAUGGCCAAUGGGAUUAUAUAAAUAAAAGAAAGAAAACUAUGCCACCAUUUAAUAUUAUAAGGUGGCCAAGAAUACAAGAAUAUAUAUAUUAUGGGCGCUAUUAACUUACCCCCUCUUUUUUAUUUCUUGCUAACCCGUUCCAGCGCCCAUUUAUAAGAAAUCUAUAUUUAUUUGGCAUUAAAUUAUUAAAGAAGAAAGAAAAGCAAUGAAUAAUUUAAUGCCUAUAAAGUAAAGAACAAUAUAAUAAGAUAUAGCAGUUAAUAAUUUUUACAGUCAACAGGAUUCUUCAUAAAGGGUCAAUAAAAUUAUUAACUGCCAAUAAAUAAUAUAAAUGUGGGAUUUUCUUUAUUCAUUUCUUUUCCUUAUCUUUUAAUAGAAAAUCCCACAAUAAAUAAAUAAUAGAUAUAAUCUUGGCCGGAUAUCAAUAAAAUAGAUGAUAUAAAAUAGAUGAUAUCCGGCAUAAUAUUAUAUAAUAUACUUCUAUUAUGGCAUUAUUUUAAUUAAUAAAAGAGUUAAUAAUAGAACAUGAAUGAUUAAAAUAAUGCCAUGAAAUAAGAUAUAAUUUAAUAUAUUGUGCCCAUCAUUUAAUAUAAAAGAAGAGUAAAUUAAUAGAUGAUGGGCACAUAGAAUUAUAAAUAAGAGAUUAAUGUAUUAUCUAUUAACCCAGCUUAUGGCCUGUCUUUCCUCUUUAAUUUAUAUAAGAACUUAAGUGCCAUAAGCUGGAAUUAUAUAAGAGAUAAUAAUUUGCCAUUUAUUUCUACAGGCAAAAAGGUAAGACAUAAUAAAAUAAAUGGCAAAUUGAUGAUUAAUAAUAUGCUAGUCUAUGACCUUGCCAACACAUUAUAAUUAAAGUUGGCAAUGGAUGAUUUAAUCCUAAAUGAAAUUAAAUGAUAAAGAAAUAUAAUAAAUAGACGGUUGGCCACUUCAUAUCUUAUAAUUUAUAUUAAUGCCAACCGUAAAGACAAUAUGAUCUCGGGUUCCAAGUUCCAGGAUUCAUGGGUUAUUCUAUUUUGCAGUAGAUCUUGGAAGAGGAAAUCAUUGGUAACCGCUGGAAAGAACUGGAAGGUGAAUGACAACCCUCGCCUAACCUCACUUCUAGAUUCAGAGACCAGGCC